ACUUUACACUGCAUUUUGUGCCUCCACUUUCGUCUCUUCACUGUCGCACAUCCAAAAUGCCCCUUAUGGCUCUUCCUACACCGUCGCCUGUCUCUCCACAUUUACCCGCAUCCCAACACCUACGAACUCAACCCCUACUCCCGAUCCCGCCCUAAUGAACACUAAGAACCUCCACUAAUCAGCUCUAAGCUGGAGUCCUGGACCUCCCACCAAACCCACAACUAUCGUCAACCCACCACCAAUUCUUCACUUCUCUCCCGAUUGCGGGCUUCAGCGCACAAGAAACCACUUUCAACUUGGUUUACACAAAGCAUGAGCUCAGCAGACUGCAAUGCUGCAACUGGAGACAGCGAGCUCCGCGAGAGACUGUUGCUGCGACUUGAUGUACCACAGCAAAGCAAAACAGACAAGUCUGCGAAGAAAAAUGUGCUUGAGCUAAAUGCUACAGAGGACCCCAAAGAGGAGAAAGAGAAGAAGACCUUUGGCAGAACUCCUGAUGGCGUCAUCUUCACUGUUCCUCAAACCCACGAUAUGGUGUCGCAGCUUCUGUCGCCUAGCGAACCCAAAAACAUCUCCGACAUCGUUGUCAUACUCGUACUCCUGAGCCUGGCUGUGACUUGCUACAUAUUACCAUCAGGCAUCCGCAUUCCUUACCAGGCUGCUGUCUUUCUGUUUUGGAGAGCAUGCUACAACGGUGGUAUUGGCUAUCUCCUUCAUAUUCAGUCUAACCACAGGCGCCUUACCGCAUGGGCGAAGAAGUCAGGCAUACUGGAGGAUCCUUCUACAGGGAAGAAUCCACACCCAGCCCUGUUCAAAGUCCUGAAGCGCGAAAUGGAGACCAAGAUACCAAAUGACUACAAGUUUGAGAACGCUCCUCUCGAAUACAAUACUUGGCUUCUGUUCAGGCGCGUGGUAGACCUGAUUCUCAUGUGCGACUUCACAUCGUACUGCCUGUUUGCAAUUGCAUGUGGUGGCACUCCUGCUGGUGAAGUUUGGUUCAUGACGAUAGCACGAUGGAUGACCGGUAUCGCACUCAUCAUGUUCAAUCUAUGGGUCAAGCUUGAUGCACACCGUGUUGUAAAGGACUACGCCUGGUAUUGGGGAGAUUUCUUCUAUCUCAUUGACCAGGAGCUUACUUUUGAUGGUGUUUUCGAGAUGGCUCCCCAUCCAAUGUAUUCAGUGGGAUAUGCCGGUUGGUAUGGUAUUUCUCUGCUCGCUGCAAGCUACAAGGUCCUGUUCAUCUCGCUUAUUGGCCAUGCCGCUCAAUUCGCCUUUCUCGCUUGGGUCGAGAGUCCUCACAUUGAGAAAACGUACAAUCCACCGCCCAAGAAGCGACCAUCUAUGUCAGUUCACGAGGACGAUCGUCCUCAGUCUCCACGAUUUGAUGAUGUAGGCCAUGUCAAUGGUUCUCCGCUUCUCGCAACAUCGUCCCAUCCGUCACCCGUUCACAACUUCAUUGGCUUGCAAAACAUUGAUUUGCAUAGAGUACCAGAUAUAUCUGUGCUGUUGUUCCAAUUCUACCUGUUCUCCUUCACCGCACUCACUCCGUCGACGACUGCAUGGCAGACAUUUUUCGUCAUUAAUGCUCUUGUAUGGAGAUUGUGGUACUCCAUUGGCAUAGGCUACAUUUUGGAUCGACAGUCAAAUAAGAAGAACUGGACGCGGCAUUUCAUCAAGUAUGGUGAAAGUACUGAAGAGGCAUGGCGACAAUGGAAAGGUGUGUAUCAUCUGAGCAUGACCUUGUGCUAUACGAGUUUUGUAGCCGCUGCAUGGAAAAUGUACACCCUACCACCGGACUGGGAGUAUGGCUGGGUGCUGCUCAGACACGUGAUCGGGUUUGCUCUUAUUGCCCUGCACCUCUGGACAAUCACCAGCAUCUAUGAGUCACUUGGAGAGUUUGGGUGGUUCUUUGGAGAUUUCUUCUUUGACUACCAGCCCAAGUUGACUUAUAGCGGCAUCUACCGGUUCCUCAAUAAUCCCGAACGAUUUCUGGGACUGGCCGGCGUUUGGGGCCUUGCAUGUAUCACUUGGAGCAGGACUAUCUUCUGUUUGGCACUAAUGAGCCACGUCCUGACACUCUCGUUCCUACAGCUGAUUGAGAAGCCUCAUAUGCAGAAAUUGUACGGGCAGACCUUACGCCAACAUUCAGGACUAACCAAGAGCAUCCAGCGAUCUCUACCGAAACCGAUUCGACAAUGGCAUGGUCAAGUAGAUCGCGUUUUAGGAGAGACCAUUGACUUUGUCGAGGAGUUUCUCGAUAGCGCUCGUCCAAAAUUGGCUUCCGGCGUCCAGACAAUCGUCAAAGACACCACUGCAAUCUUCAAGCAGUAUCCAGCUCGCAUCAGCAUCACACGUCUAGCACCCGAUAUCGCUGGCUAUAAUCCCAAGGACUACUCUAUCGAGAUUGAAGGCACCCCCUCGUCGCAUACAGCCGAAUUGGACAAGCGCAGUGGCCGCGAAGGUCCCAAAGCCCGCGAACCCGCUGUUCAAACCGGCGACUUCAAGACUCUCAUGUUCGAAUUUGGCACCCCAAUCAAAGUGAAAUGGACGGCCCCCCUCAACCACAGCAAGAAGGACUGGAUUGGCCUGUACAUGGUCGCCGAUAACGCUUCGCGCGAUGUCACCCGUGUUGGAUCUCAAGGACGCUGGAUCGCCACCAACAAAGGCGAGUUUGACUACAACUUCGCCGACGAAGGCAUCCUGGUCUCGGACAACCGUGUCAGCGGUGCAUCUCGCCAAGACGGUGAGACGGCUGAUUUCAUGUCUGGUCAGAUGGUCUUUGCAGGAGACAAACUGUGGUGGACAACCGGCGUCUUCGAGUUUCGAUACCACCACUCUGGCGCACAUAAUGUUAUGGCUAUAUCCCUCCCCUUUGAAAUUCGCAUCGCUCCCUUCGACGAGGACGAUGUAGAGGUAGAUUCCGACGGCCAGAUCCGCGGCGCCGUAGAGAAAUCCCUCCUCCCUGUCGUCCAAAAUUGCUUUGAUCGCGACCCGGGCAUUGCGCCGAGCACGGUCGAGGAGCCGUUUGGCAGUUUGAUCGAGCAUGACGGCAAGUUCAGCAAACGCGUCGUAUUCGCAGUGCGUCAGAUGUUUGGAAUCGAGUUUGCGCCCGAGGUCGUGCAGGCGGAUGGCUCGGUGCGCAAUCUGGCGUGGCGCGUAUGUAAUGCGAAGAAGGUUCUGGCGCCGUAUAGUAUGUCGUCGGAGAAGGGUAACACAACACCUAGUGCGGCGAAAUACUAAUCUGAUAUGUUACCCUGGAAUGGGAAGGAGUACAGUAACGGUGCUGGGAGGCUGCAGGCUGGAGUUGUGUGUGAAAUGAGUUUGGAGCGAUGCAAGCUGUCUGGGGUAGGGGCCACGAGGGGACGAGGAGACAUGGCGUCAGAACUGCAUUAUAUACGUAUAAUCGUUCCAUUUGCAUCAUCAUCAGAAAUAUACCAUAAAAAAUAUAGUAUACGUAACAUAUAAAUACGUAGAUAUGAAAUAUAAGAAGAUGAGAUGAAUGAUGAAUGAUGAAAUGACGGAUAAGUUGUGUGGUUCUUAUCAU